AUGGGUGUCCCCAAGUUCUUCAGAUGGAUGUCUGAACGCUAUCCGGCUAUUUCGCAGCUCAUUGCGGAAAACCGGAUACCGGAGUUCGACUGCCUCUAUCUCGAUAUGAACGGCAUCAUCCACAACUGCACGCACAGUGACUCCGACUCGCCGACGCAUCGCAUGUCCGAAGACAAGAUGUUCAUCGCGAUCUUCAACUACAUCGAACACCUUUUCGGCAAGAUCAAGCCCCAGAAGCUGUUCUUCAUGGCUAUCGAUGGUGUCGCUCCCCGCGCGAAGAUGAACCAACAACGUGCUCGUCGUUUCAGGACUGCCUUGGACGCUGAGACUGCCAGGGAGAAGGCGAUCAAGGAGGGUGUGGAAAUGCCGAAGGAAGCUGCGUUUGACAGCAACUGCAUUACGCCUGGCACCGAGUUCAUGGCCAGGCUAACCCAGCACUUGAAGUAUUUCAUCAACAAGAAGGUUUCGGAGGACGUCGACUGGCAGGGCGUCGAGGUCGUUCUCUCCGGCCACGAGGUCCCCGGCGAGGGAGAGCACAAGAUCAUGGAGUACAUUCGCCAGGCAAAGUCACAGCCCGGCUACGACCCUAAUGUUCGCCACUGUCUGUACGGCCUGGAUGCCGAUCUGAUCAUGCUUGGCCUUCUCAGUCACGACCCGCACUUCUGCUUGCUCAGAGAGGAAGUCACAUUCGGCCGACAGAACCAGAAGAAGUCCAAGGAGCUGGAGCACCAGAAUUUCUAUCUCAUGCAUCUUUGCAUUGUCCGAGAGUAUUUGGAGCUCGAGUUUCAGGAGCUGGAAGAGCCUGGCGCUUUGGAUUUCCCAUUCGACAUGGAACGUGUUAUUGACGACUUCAUUCUCAUGGCUUUCUUUGUUGGAAACGAUUUCCUUCCAAACCUACCGCAUUUGCAUAUCAACGAGGGCGCUUUGGCGCUCAUGUUCAACGUCUACAAGAAGGUUCUGCCCAAAGCCAAGGGCUACAUCAACGAGGGUGGCGUCAUCAAUUUGGAGCGAUUGGCGAUACUCUUGGAUGAACUUUCUCAUGUGGAAUACCGUUUCUUCGAGGCAGAAAACGCCGACGCUGCUUGGUUCAAGGGCAAGCAGUUGGGACGUGAAGACGUCAUGGAGCGCACGAAGAAGCGCGGGAAGAUCAUCAUGACUACGCGUCAGAAAGAGCUCUACAAGACUGUACGUCAGUAUGUCAACAGUCGUUCUCCCAACGGCCAAGGUGAGCCAUUGGACUUGCCCUCCAGUCUGCCAGCCAGCGAUCGAAAGUUCGCGGAAGAACUGGCAGAUAGUCUCCAUUUGCAAUGGAAGACUGUGGAGGACGACCAAGGCGAGCGCCAUCUUCAGGUCGCUUUUCCGCCAGGCCUCGGUGAUGACGACGACGAUGAGGAGGAAGACGAGGAAGCACAGAACGCCAUCCUCCGCGUGCUCAAGCGUUAUGACAACGCUCAGAUCGAGGAUGUCUCGCCAGACGAGGCUCAGGCAGAGAUGAAGAAGAAGUAUGACGAGAAGUUCCAUUCUUGGAAGGACAACUACUACAGGUCGAAGCUGGACUGGGGCUUAGACGACAAGGAUGAUCUGCGGGCGUUGGCAGAGAACUAUGUGCAAGGACUCCAAUGGGUUCUUUUCUACUACUACCGAGGUGUGGCAUCAUGGCCAUGGUACUAUGGCUACCACUACUCGCCAAUGAUUUCAGACGUGAAGGAAGGCCUGAAGGCCGAUCUUAACUUCAAGCUUGGCCAACCUUUCCGCCCUUACCAGCAAUUGAUGGGUGUGCUUCCGGACCGAAGCAAAUCCAUCGUCCCAGUUGCGUACCACGAUUUGAUGACCAACAAGGAUUCUCCAAUCAUCGACUUCUACCCCAGAGACUUUGAGUUGGAUAUGAACGGCAAGAAGCAGGAGUGGGAGGCUGUUGUGAAGAUUCCGUUCAUUGAUGAGAAGAGACUGCUUCCUGCCAUGGCCACCAAGGACGAUUUGCUCUCGCCUGACGAGAAGAACCGGAACGAGUUCGGAGUCACGCUCAAGUUCACUUCUCAACCGGAUCUUGACUAUGUCUACCCGUCCUCAAUGCCUGGGGUAUUCCCAGACCUUCCUCAUUGUCGAUGUGUUGAGAACAUCUUCGAACUGCCUACCAUGGAUGGGCUCGAAGUUUACAUCGGCCUUGUCGAUGGAGUCAAGACGGGUAUCGAUGCGCUUGCCGGUUUCCCAAGCUUAAAGGUUCUGCCUUUCCACGGUGCUCUGGCUUUCCAUGGUGUCAGUGUAUUUCAACAGGAGAGCAGGAACGAAAGUAUGGUCGUCAAUCUACUGGAAACUGAGGAGCGCAACAAGGCCUCAGAGGCACAGAGGAAGCUUGGCAGCGCCGUUCAUGUUGGCUACCCUUUCCUUCAGGAAGCCAAAGUUGUCAAGGUGUCAGACGAGCUGUUCGACUACGUGGAGGAGAACGGACAGGUUCUCGCAAUUCCCCAUGGCCCCCGGGAAAUCUCGGACUUCAAAAAGAAGGCCAACCGCAUCGAGAGCUUUUACAGCAAGCGCCUUGCCAUGGACAUUGGUGAUGUAGAAUCCCUUGUGCAUGUCGAGAUGCUGAAGGGAUUGAGGAAGACCGACGAGGGUGCCACCGUCAAGGAGUACGGUGUAAUUCCCGGCCAAGAGACUGACUUCGCGGCUCAGACGAUUGUGGAUGAGGUCGUGAGUGCGGACCAGCGGUUCUUGGAGAAGGCUGCUGUUCCGAUUGAAGAAGAGUUCCCCGUUGGGUCUAGGGCUUUCUUCCUGGGCGAAUUCGCCUAUGGACGCCCGCUCGAGGUUUUGGGACACGCAAAUGGAAAGGCAGAGUCCUGGGUCCUUGUCGCAAAAGGAAAGGAGCCGGACUUUGGAAAGCAAAUCGUCAGGAAGGCGGAAUCCCAGGCGAACUAUCGUCCGUCCUAUGCUGUCGCUCGGCAGCUGCAGAUGAAUCCUCUUGCUUUGAGCAAGGUCACAUCGUCACUUUCGGUCAGCUCGAGUGGACUUCGUCUUAACUUGGGCCUGAACCUUAAGUUUGAGGCGAAGAAGCUCAAGGUCCUCGGAUACUCUCGCAAGGGUGAAACCGGAUGGGAGUACAGUCCAAAGGCCAUUGAUCUUAUCACGCAGUAUAUGAUCAAGUUCCCAGAGUUCUUCGCCGUGAUCCAGGCCAACCCCAAGGGCGACAUCUACGAGGAUACGGACUUCUACCCUGAGGACAUUGCCAAACAAAAGAUGAAGGAAAUCGGCUCGUGGUUGAAGUCCAUCGAAUCGAAGAAGUUUGAGAAAGUGCCUCUUGAGGCCCAACAGCUCGACUCAGACGUUGUCAAGGAGAUCGAGCAGGCUGCGGACUAUAGCCGCGACAACGGCCCUCAAACCGAAGGAAAGAAGAUCAAGGGCGUUCCUCGCCAGGCGCUUCUCAAGCCCUCUGAUGCUGAGCAGCAGAUUAGUGGGCAGAGAUUCUCUCUUGGAGAUCGAAUCGUGUACGUGCAGGAUUCCGGCAGAGUUCCUAUCGGGCAGCGAGGUACCAUUGUCGGCAUGACACGCACUCCGAGGACCACCCUCCUCGAUGUCGUUUUUGACACAUCGUUCAUGAGUGGAACUUCUCUUGGCGAACGUUGCUCGCCCUUCCGUGGAUCGACAGUUCCGGCCACGUCUGUGCUGAACCUUACAGACAAGCAAUGCGUUGCUAUGUCGCUGGCCGGCAACGCUAAACGGCCCCAAUCUACUUUCCAGCCCCUGACCGUUCAUAACGCUGCCUAUGGCAUUUCUGGUCAAAGCGAGCUAGUCCCUGCCGAAGCGCCCGCGCCCCUGGCAGGCUCUUUCCGAGGCGCGGUAGCUGGUCAGAAUCGUGGCAACUUCCGUGGCCGCGGACGCGGUGGAAUCACGCCACAGAACGGGAUUCAGCAGAACGGCCAUAACGGACAGCAGUACGAGCUGCCUAUCCGUAAUGGGCCUCCCAGUGGGCCCGCAAACGGCGUGCAGCGCGGCCGAGGCGGCGCCAACGGCUUCGCUCCUCGUGGCCGGGCGAACAACAACUUUGUGCCCCGCGGCGGGCGCGGCGGCGGCCGUGGGGGUGGCAAUCAGCAAGGCUUCACCGUCAUCGACAACAGCGAUCCGACAGAUGGCGUCGUCAGGAACAACCCCAACUUCCGUCCCCAGAGCUACUCGGCCGUGCCCCCUCCUCCUACGCUGGAUGCGAACGCGUUCCGUGGCGGGCGAGGUAGGGGUCGUGGAUUCCGUGGCAACCGCGGCGCCGGUAGGGGCGGUCGUGGUGCUGCGGCAGGCCAGGCACAGUAG